GUUACGUAUUUACAGACCACGCCCCUUCCCGCCUCAUGGACACACCCAAAACAUUGUGACGUUGAAGUGGGUGUCAAACGCAACUUGUUUCCGGAGUCACUAUCCACGAUCACUUCAAGUUCACUCCGAUUUCACCGCAAACUAUCCGAACCUAUUUGAUAACAGCUGCUCCAUCCCUCUUGGAUCAUGUCAAAGAGACCUUCAAGUAAUCACAUGGAGAAUGAGUGGAGUGACUCUUCAAUCAUCAGGAUUCCUCCACACCACUACAUCCAUGUGCUGGAUCAGAACACCAACAUUGCUCGGGUUGAGGUUGGACCCCUCACCUACAUCCGCCAGGAUAAUGAGAGGGUACUUUUUCCCCCGACUCGUAUGACCAUGGUGCCCCCUCGCCAUUAUUGUGUGAUUCUGAACCCUGUGGCUCGUGACAAUGAGGGAAAUGUUCAGUUUGACACAGCAGGCCAAGCUAAACUCCGCCAUGCAGACCUGGAGAUUCGUCUGACUCAGGAUCCUUUCCCGCUCUACCCCGGAGAAGAGAUCCAGAAGGAAGUUACUCCACUGCAGAUCGUGUAUCCCGACACGGCCCUAAGGCUGCAGGCUCUUCUGGACUUUGAGGAAGAGAAUGAUGAGAAGAGAGUGGCUGGAGAUGAGUGGCUGUUUGAAGGGCCAGGAACAUACAUCCCUAGGAAGGAGGUGGCCGUCCUGGAGACCAUCAAAGCCACAGUAAUUCGAGAGAACCAGGCCAUUCGCCUUCGGGCUCGUAAAGAGGGUUUGGACCGCAGUGGAGUUCGCAGAGUGACUGGUGAGGAGUGGCAGGUCAGUAAAGUUGGAGCAUACCUGCCUGGAGUGCAUGAGGAGGUCAUCGAUAUUGUGAAUGCGUUCAUCCUCACUGAUAAGAAUGCGCUGCACGUGCGUGCUCUGCGUCCAUUCCGGGAUGCUGGAGGGCGAGACAGAAGGACCGGGGAGGAGUGGCUGGUGACGGUGGCAGACAGAGAAGCACACAUCCCCUCUGUGGCUGAGGAGGUAGUUGGGGUUGUAAAUGUGACCACUCUGAGCAGCAGAGAGUACUGCGUGGUCCUGGACCCAGUCGGGCCAGACGGAAAGCCCCAGCUCGGACAAAAGAGAGUGGUGAAGGGUGAGUGCUCCUUCUUCCUGCGGCCUGGCGAGCACUUGGAGAACGGCAUUCAGGAUGUCUAUGUUCUGUCUGAAGAGGAGGGACUGGUGCUGCGUGCUGUGGAGGCAUUCGCCGAUACAGAAGUGCAAACGGAAGACACAGAUGAAGAGGAGGAAGAGGAGCAGCCCAAAAAGGCCACUGUACAGAGACGCCCAGGAGACCGCUGGAUGCUGCGUGGGCCUAUCGAUUAUGUCCCACCUGCCACUGUAGAGGUCAUGCUGCGUCGCCAGGCCAUUCCACUGGACGAGAAUGAAGGAAUAUAUGUGCGCGACAUCAAGACCGGCAAGGUGCGGGCUGUGAUUGGUCACACCUACAUGCUGACGCAUGAUGAGGAGUUGUGGGAAAAGGAGCUCCCUCCCAACGUCGAGAAGUUGCUGAUCAACUUGCGUGACCCAAUGUCCAACCGAUCAGAGCGGAACCAGGAUGCCAUCCCUGAAAUUAGGGACAAAACUAGAGUGGUGUCCUACCGCGUUCCCCAUAACGCUGCAGUGCAGGUGUACGACUACAGGGAGAAGAAAGCCAGGAUAGUGUUUGGGCCGGAUUUGGUGAUGCUAGGCCCCGAAGAGCAGUUCACGAUUCUGUCUCUGUCUGGAGACAAGCCCAAGCGACCAAACGUAAUUAAGGCCAUCUGCCUGCUGCUCGGGCCUGAUUUCUGCACUGACAUCAUCACCAUAGAAACUGCCGACCAUGCCCGUCUGCAGCUCCAGCUCGCCUACAACUGGCAUUUUGACAUAAAGGACCAGACAGACCCCACACAAGCAGCUGCACUCUUCUCAGUUCCUGACUUUGUGGGCGAUGCCUGUAAAGCCAUCGCUUCCAGGAUCAGAGGAGCUGUGGCUUCAGUGCAGUUUGAUGACUUCCACAAGAACUCAAACCGGAUUAUCUGCUCAGCCGUGUUUGGCUUUGACGAGAAGCUGGCAGUGCGUUCAAGCAUGCGCUUCGCUCAGAACGGGCUGGUGAUCAGCAGCGUGGACAUUCAGUCAGUGGAGCCGGUAGACCAGCGCACGCGUGAUGCCCUGCAGAAGAGCGUCCAGCUUGCCAUUGAGAUCACCACCAACUCCCAGGAGGCCACUGCUCGGCAUGAGGCAGAACGUUUGGAGCAGGAGGCACGGGGCAAACUGGAAAGGCAGAAGAUUGCAGACCAGGCAAAUGCUGAGAGAGCCAGGAAGGAGCUGCUAGAGCUGGAGGCACUCAGUGCUGCUGUAGAGAGUACUGGAGCAGCGAAGGCAGAAGCUCAGUCCAGAGCAGAAUCAGCACGUAUCCAGGGUGAGGCCGCUGUGGAAGAGGCCAAACUUAAAGUUGAGGCCCAGAGAAUAGAAGCGGAAGCUGAAAUGGUGCGUCUGGCUAAAGCACGUGAGCAGGAGCUCCAGUAUAAGAAGGAAAUUGAUCGUUUAGAUAUGGAGAAGCAACAGAAACUGGCAGAGAUUGAAAUCCAACGUUUUAAACAGAUGGUAGACUCUAUUGGCAGCGAUACUUUGGCAGCGAUGGCCAGAGCCGGACCCGAACUACAGGUUAAACUGCUACAAUCUCUGGGUCUUAAAUCCACUCUGAUCACGGAUGGCUCUUCUCCCAUCAAUCUAUUCACUACCGCCAACGGCCUGCUGGGGACAAUGAAGACCCAUGAGGAAAAGCCAUGAAACUGAAAAGAAAAUAAGAAGCCCUAUACUCCAGUUAUCUUAGCAAUGUCUAAGAAUUUGCUGCAUAUGAAAGCCAUUCAGUGUCUUUUAGUUAUAUUUGUUUGUUUGCUUUUUGUUAUUUUUUGCCUCUUUUUCUCCCUGCCAAAUAUUAUAUUAUAUUACUGCGAGAGAAAAAAGUGUAGCAAGCUUAAAAACAAUAUUAUGGUUUUGUGUAUUCUAUGCAAAUAUAUUUGUGCGUGACGUGAUCAGACAUUAAUGAUUUAUUUCUUUAGGAAACCCACAAAGGCCUUAUAAAACAUGCAAUAUAUAGUGUGCAUUAUAAGUAAUAAACUUUUAAAAACAUG